AGUCAGCUCAGCGAGGUUCAGUCACAUCAGUGCGCCUACGACAAGCGCCGUGGUAAGUUAACGAAGAGCAGAAAUGCAGAAGUGCCGCUUUUAUUGGGUGCUGCUGGCGGCUUUUGUGACGCUGCAGCAAGGCUCGGCCGAGCCUGAUCCGCAGGUUGUCGCUGAGGACGAGUCGUGCAAGUCUAAAGUGGACGACUCGGAACUCCCCAUCCAUCGGGCCAUCCGGCAGAUUAGUUUCCCCGGUGCCGGCGGGGGCGGUCGCCGUCCAGGUCGGCCCCAGGGAGGGGGAGCCGCCCCCGUGGGCCAGUGCGGGAACUGCGUGCCCAUCGUGGCGUGCGCCCCCCUCCUGGAGCAGGUCUCCACCACCUGCCAGCUCCCUGACGCAGGACUCGGCGUCUGCUGCCCCCCUCUGCCCAAGCCGAGCGUGGGACAGGGAGACAAUAGACUCUUCACUUUACGUCGCCAACAAGUCGACAUGAGAAGCUUGUCUCCCCAGGAAGUCAACACGGCGUGCGAGAAGGGACGGAGUUUCCUCAAUGGAGUCACUAACCUGGAAUCCCAACUCAUUGCGUGAGCUAAUUCUCUUUAUUUGCCAGUCGGUACGCCUGCUUAUGGCCAUCUCAAGUUCUUCUCAGUGACGCGUACAGCUCGCCAGGCUCACCUGGCGGCGCAGCAAAUCAACCAGGCCUCUCGGUCUAUGCUCAAUGAGUUCCAGUUAAGUCCAGCUCAAGGUACCCAUGGCCUGCGUCAGUUGCCGGUGCGCAACAGCAUUCUCGCUGAGAAUUGCCCUCGGGCACCGCAGUGUAAUCCUCAAGCCAAGUACCGCACCAUUGAUGGCACCUGCAAUAACCUGCAAAACCCAUUGUAUGGAAAGAGCGAAACUGCUUUUCAGAGGAUCUUGCCACCAGUUUAUGGUGAUGGUGUGAGUUCGCCGCGCACGAGAUCCGUGACAGGCUCCGAGCUCCCCCUCGAGCGCGUCGUCGCCAGCAACAUUCUCGUAGACCGCGACGACCCUGACCGAGAGUUCACGCUCUCCGUCAUGCAGUGGGCGCAGUGGAUCGACCACGACCUCACCCACGCCCCAUUCACCAGUCUCCCAAAUGGCCAGGGCAUCGACUGCUGUCCUAAUGGAACGGAAGCGACUGGACCGCAACGACAUCCUGAGUGCUGGCCCGUCCCGAUCCCACGUGAUGAUCCCUUCUACGCUCCCAGGGGUAGAAAUUGUUUGAACUUCAUCAGGAGUAUGUUGGGCCUCAGCCAGGAGUGUACUUUUGGAUUUGCCGAACAGAUGAACCAACUCACGCACUGGCUCGACGGCUCUCAAAUCUACGGGUCCACAGCCAUGCAGUCGCAGCGUCUGCGCCAGAACCAAGCUGGUCUCAUGAGCGUCAGCAACGGCAACCUUCUUCCUUUCGACCAAGAGAGCGGAUCGGGUUGUGAAGCUCGUCAACGAGGAGCCCUUUGUUACAUCGCUGGUGACUCCCGUGUAAACGAACAGCCUGGCCUGACUGCGAUCCACACGCUCUUCCACCGCGAGCACAACCGCGUGGCCCGCGGCCUCCAGCAGAUGCAUCCUGGCUGGUCGGAUGAGGCUCUCUUCCAGGAGGCCCGAAGGAUCGUCGUCGCUGAAGUGCAGCACAUUCUUUUCAACGAAUGGCUUCCCAUCAUCGUUGGUCAGAAUUUCAUGCAGUCGUUUGGAUUGAACCCACUACAGAGCGGCUACAGUUUCGACUACAAUCCCAACAUCAACCCGACAAUGAACAACGAGUUCGCUACGGGCGCUUUCAGAUUCGGACACUCGCUUGUACAAGGCAUCAUCAAUCUUUUUGAUGCCAACGGCCGCAUCACGACCAUCCGCAUGCGUGAACACUUCAACUCGCCGCACAUCUUCCAGACGGUACCUGGGGUGAUCGACAUGUUCUCGCGCUCCUUCACCCAGCAAGCCAUUCAGAAGUUCGAUUCGUUCGUCACUGAUGAUCUCUCAAACCAUCUGUUCCAGACACCUCGGCAAAACUUCGGCAUGGAUCUGAUGAGCCUGAAUCUUCACCGAGGACGUGACCACGCCAUUGCGUCUUAUAACGCCAUCAGGGAGGUGUGCGGUCUACCGCGCGCUCGGGACUUUGCUGGCUUCAAUGAUCAGAUCCCCAACGACAUCGUCGCAAGGCUGAGCCAGAUUUAUGCGCACCCUGACGACGUAGACUUCUUCGUGGGCGGCAUGUCCGAGAAGCCCGUGUCUGGGGGGCUGUUGGGCUGGACGUUCCUGUGUGUUGUGGGCGACCAGUUCGCGCGCGCCAAGAAAGGAGACAGAUUCUUCUACGACGUCGGUGGCCAGCCUGGGUCCUUCUCCGAAGUGCAACUGCAAGAAAUUCGCAAGGCGUCAUGGGCACGAAUUCUGUGCGACAAUUCCGACAACGUGGUCAGCGUGCAGCCUCUUGCCUUCCGCCUGCAGAAUCGGAACUUCAAUAGUCCCAGACCUUGUAGCGGUAACGCGAUACCUCGAGUCGACCUACGAGCUUGGGCGGGCGAGGUGCCUCAGGCUUAGUGGCUCCAAGGAUUGAAAACGGCGAGAACUUGGAGCAGGAGUGUAUCGAGUGCACAACAAUGGAUCAAUAUUCGAAAUUAACUACGGAAAUUUAUCUUGAUAUUGUUCAUGACUCCAGGAAAAAAAUGAAUAGGUAAAUGAGUUACGUUAACAACAAAAAAAGUUUGUUGCUAAAUUUUGCAAGGGAUUUACCAGCACAUGAUUAAAAUCAGUAUAUGCUCGAAAAUGGGAGCUAGCAGUUAAGAUUGCAUUGUUCUUUCUACUUGUAUUAGAACGCGUAGCAUCGCUUGGACCCUUGGAGGAAAGUGAGUGCAGUAUAAUACUCUAACUUCAUGCUACCAUUUGCUACUUACAUCCCAUUUGAAUUAAAGAGUAAGAGGACAAGCUUAUUAUGCUCACUCAGUUCAUUGUGUAAUCGAAACAGUUCACUAUAGUAAAGGAUAUAACUUGAGAAUACGAAUUGUUACUCGGUUCGGCGUGGGCAUGCAUUAUUAACUAAAUUAUCAGCCGUGAUCGUUAUGCCGAAGGCAUUGUAGCUUCCUCAUAUUCCAUUGAGUAUUGAUUUUCUCUAUCCGCAUAUAUCCAUCUUUCUCGCUUAUUACAAUACUGUUUGAUCA